GAAAGACCUAGGUUGCUGCAUUUUUUGACGUUUCUGUUGUUUCGGAUAGAAGAUGGGCUACGUAAGUUGAUCGCAUCAACUUAGUUCAAGCAAAACAUGAGCCAACGGGAUUCACCAAGUGUUGCUCUAGUUCAAAUGGAUGACCAAAAGUCAUCUCGUUUGUACCUUACUAAUAGCGAGCAACGACGACAAACAUGCAAGCGAGUUGUCUGGUCUCUUUUAGUGGGUCAGACGUUGGCUCUCUUACUGGCUGCAUCGGGCACAUGCACGGCACUCCUAUCACACUGGAAUUUCAGCCUACCCUUUGCACAAAACCUACCAUAUUAUUUCUUGUUGCUGUUGGUUUACAAUUCCACUCGACUAUCAGUACAAGUUCAGCGUAACCAAAACCGGUCAGUGAUGGUGGAACAUGUCGAUUUGAGAAGAGAACCAACUCAAUCGAAUGACAGCCGCCUAAACAGGUGCGUGGUAUAUGUUUCCAUUGGGGUCAUAUUGGUUCACUCCGUAUGGGCAACCAUGACCGCCUAUGCUUACACAAAUUUGACAAGCAUACAACUCCUUGAUUGUUUGGGAAUACCUACCGCAAUGCUCCUCAGUUUCCUCAUCCUGCGCCAUCAGUACCUGUGGACGCAUUACGUCGGAGCUGGUGUUUGUGUUGCGGGUGCGGUUAUGAUGAUCGGAGCGGACUUCCUCGCGGUAGAAAAGGCAGGUCGUUCCAACCCUACUAAUUCGAUCAAAAAUGAUGCACAAACGAAUGUCGUGAUUGGAGACAUUCUGGCACUCAUUGGGGGAAUCCUUUACGGAGCCUACAGUGUACUUCAGGAGUACGCGAUUCUCAAGUACGGAGCAGUCAAUACUCUGGCAAAUGUUAGCAUGGUGACUUCCGUCUUGUGUGGUUUCUACUGUGCAACCAUGGAACACGAGAAGCUCACUGAGCUUCUUACCAUGCAGACGUUAUCUGGAAAGCUGGUACCGGCCAAGGCUGGGAUUUGCUUGGCUGGUUACGUCUGUGCAGCCUUUACUCUGGAUUCGCUCAUGGCUUUCACGAUCACUUGGGUCAGUGCGGUUACCAUCAACCUGUCCCUUCUCACCGCUGACGUUUAUGGCCUCAUCGUGGGGAUAUUCGUGUUCCAACUUACGUUCCAUUACCUUUACUAUAUUGCAUUUACAUGCAUAAUUGUCGGAGUGGUAAUAUAUUCCAUUCGUCCUGCACGUGCGGUUUCCUUGGAACCGGUGAGUUUAUGAUUAGACAGCCAAGAAUCCGAAACAGCGGUGUCUUUCUAUGUGAACCCGACGUCAGAACCCCGGUGUAAUCCUGAUCUGACCGGCACGUCACCGUCGGACAAAACUGGUUCUUGGACUGUCUGCCUGACCAAAGUGAAAUAAGACCCACCAGCCUAACAUCUUCAGCGAAGACCUCUAUUUACUUGUAUCUGUAUCCGCCUUUUCGUUAUGUUUAUCUGCUAUACUCCCAAACUGUCAUAUUCCACUUAAUGAUCUAAUCAGGGUUCCACCUCUAUUUUUUCUACUGGAACUCCAAAGGAACCACUUCGCUUUGGGUCUACUCUCCACAUAUCGAUAAGAUUUGUUGUCCUGAUCUCAAGAUGCUAUUGAACGUACA